UUUAUAAAGUAAAACAGGAUUAGCUUGUUUUUUUCAGCAAGGGAAAGCCAGUGAUUUAAUGUUAAGAGGAAAGAAUCAGAAGAAUUGCAAAGAAAUAAAGUAUAUCUUAUGGCAAGAUAUAGAAUGCAGUGCUGUAGAUUUUAGAGGAGAUGGCAGAAUUUACAGAAGCUGACUAUCCCAGGCAGUUGGCAGAAGGGACUAAAGAAGACAGAUUUAAGACUUGCCAGGAGGAAACCCUAUAUCAGUGGGUAGAUUCAAGUGCCCUGCAAAGGAAAUGUAAAUAAGGCAGUAGAAUCUGAGAGUUCUGUGGUCAAAUGAAAUGCACAGAAACAGCUUCAAGCCGAGGAGGGAAGAUGUGGUGUAUGUGGAAAAAUAUCAAAUGUAAGACCACUGGGACAAAUUUAGAAACGGCUGCCGCAUGCAUUGAUUAAAGGUUGUGUAAAACUUAAAAGAAGCAGCAUUCUAUUCACUAGUUAUUGGACUCGCGCCUCCUUUGACCUCGGAAACUGAAAAUGAGGUUGCUAUGGGAACUGCUCGUGCUGCAAUCAUUCAUGUUGUGCCUUGCAGAUGACAACACGCUGCAUGGGCCAGUUUUCAUUCAGGAACCAAACAAUGUGAUUUUUCCACUGGAUUCUGAGGAAAAGAAAGUGAAGUUGAGCUGUGAAGUAAAGGGAAAUCCUAAACCAACUAUCAGGUGGAAGUUAAAUGGAACCAGUGUUGACGUCGGUAUGGAUUACCGCUACAGUGUAGUGGGAGGCAGUUUGUUGAUCAAUAACCCCAAUAAAACCCAAGAUAUUGGAAUGUACCAGUGCAUAGCAACAAACUCAUUUGGAACCAUUGUUAGCAGAGAGGCAAAACUUCAGUUUGCUUACCUUGAAAACUUCAAGACAAGAACAAGAAGUACAGUGUCAGUCCGACAGGGUCAGGGAAUGGUACUGCUGUGUGGACCACCACCACAUUCUGGAGAACUGACUUAUGCAUGGAUCUUCAAUGAAUACCCAUCAUUUGUGCACCAGGAUAAUCGUCGCUUUGUUUCUCAAGAGACUGGGAAUUUGUACAUAGCAAAGGUGGAAACAUCAGAUGUGGGCAACUAUACAUGCGUGGUGACAAACACUGUAACAAAUAAUAAAGUGCUGGGCCCCCCAACUCCUUUGAUACUGAGGAAUGAUGGAGUGAUGGGUGAAUAUGAGCCAAAAAUAGAAGUGCAGGUCCCAGAAACUGUUCCAUCUGCAAAAGGAACAACUGUGAAACUGGAAUGCUUUGCCUUGGGAAACCCAGUUCCUACUAUUAGUUGGAGAAGAGCAGAUGGUAAACAAAUACCCAGGAAAGCCAGGAGACAAAAAUCGAGUGGAGUUCUUGAAAUCCCAAACUUUCAGCAGGAAGAUGCUGGUCUAUACGAGUGUGUGGCUGAAAACGUGAGAGGAAAGAACAUGGCACGAGGGCAGCUUACAUUUUAUGCACCACCUAACUGGAUUCAGAAAAUAAGUGAUGCGCACAAAGCUAUAGAAGAAAGCAUCUUUUGGGAGUGUAAAGCAAAUGGGAGACCAAAGCCUUCAUACAGCUGGCUAAAGGAUGGUGAACCAUUGAUACCUCGGGACAGAAUUCAGAUAGAACAUGGAGCACUUACAAUAACAAAUGUGAAUCUGUCAGAUGCAGGCAUGUAUCAGUGUGUAGCAGAAAACAGACAUGGAGUCAUUUUCACCAGUGCGGAGUUGACUGUAAUUGCUUUGGGUCCAGACUUUUCCAAAACCCUCUUGAAAAGAUUAACUCUUGUUAAAGUGGGCGGUGAAGUAAUCAUAGAGUGUAAGCCAAAAGCUUCCCCCAGGCCUACUUAUACUUGGAAGAAAGGAAAAGAGAUCCUGAGAGAAAACGAGAGAAUCAAUAUUAUGGAUGAUGGAAGCCUCCGAAUUGUCAAUGUCACUAAGGCAGAUGCUGGAAGUUAUUCCUGUGUAGCAACAAACCAUUUUGGUACAGCUAGCAGCACUGGAAGUUUGGUGGUGAAAGAUCCAACACGGGUUGUGGUGCCACCUUCCAGCACGGAUGUCACUGUUGGAGAAAGUAUUGUCCUGCCUUGCCAGGUAUCUCAUGAUCACUCGCUAGAUAUUAUGUUUACUUGGUCAUUUAAUGGACACCUGAUAGACUUUGAGAAAGACGGGGAUCACUUUGAAAGAGUUGGAGGGCAGGAUUCAGCUGGUGAUUUGAUGAUCAGAAGCAUCCAGCUGAAGCAUGCUGGGAAAUACGUCUGCAUGGUGCAAACAACUGUGGACAAGCUAUCGGCUACUGCAGACCUGAUUGUAAGAGGUCCACCAGGCCCACCUGAAGCCGUGACAAUAGAUGAAAUCACUGACACUACAGCUCAGUUAUCCUGGAGGCCAGGAGCAGAUAAUCACAGCCCCAUUACUAUGUAUGUAAUUCAAGCAAGGACCCCAUUUUCUGUGGGAUGGCAAGCCGUGAACACAGUUCCAGAUAUCAUUGAUGGCAAGACAUUCACUGCAACCGUGGUGGGAUUAAACCCUUGGGUUGAAUAUGAAUUCCGUGCAGUUGCAGCCAACCUCAUUGGGAUUGGGGAACCAAGCAGACCCUCAGAGAAAAGAAGAACUGAAGAAGCUCUUCCUGAAAUCACCCCGGCUAACGUCAGUGGAGGUGGAGGGAGCAAGUCGGAGCUGGUCAUUACCUGGGAGACAGUGCCUGAAGAAUUACAGAACGGAGGUGGCUUCGGUUACGUGGUGGCAUUCCGACCCUUGGGCACAGUGAGCUGGAUGCAGACUGUAGUAGCUUCUUCUGAUGCCUCCAGAUACGUGUUUCGAAAUGAGAGCUUGCCGCCAUUCACGCCCUAUGAAGUUAAAGUGGGCGUGUACAACAAUAAAGGGGAAGGUUCUUUUAGCCCUGUGACAGUUGUAUAUUCUGCAGAAGAAGAACCCACCAGAGCUCCAACCAGCGUCUUUGCCAAAAGCCUUUCUGCUUCGGACAUUGAAGUUUAUUGGGCCUCUCCACGUGAGAAUCAGAGUAAAGGAAGGAUACAGGGUUAUGAGGUUAGAUGUUGGAGACAUGAAGAUAAGGAAGAAAAUGCUAGAAAAAUCAGGACUAUUGGUAAUCGAACAUCGACAAAAAUCACUAAUCUGAAAGGCAAUGCAUUAUAUCAUUUAGCCGUCAAGGCAUACAACACCGCAGGGACAGGACCCUCCAGUGCUACAGUCAAUGUCACUACCAAAAAGCCACCACCGAGUCAACCUCCUGGAAACAUCAUAUGGAAUUCAUCUGACUCCAAGAUUAUACUGAACUGGGAUCAAGUUAAAGCACUGGAUAAUGAAUCAGAAGUGAAAGGAUACAAAGUUUUAUACAGAUGGAACAGACAGAGUAGUACAUCUGUAAUCGAAACGAAUAAAACAUCUGUCGAGCUUUCUUUGCCUUUUGAUGAAGAUUACAUCAUAGAAAUAAAGCCAUUUAGUGACGGAGGCGAUGGUAGCAGCAGCGAACAAAUCCGAAUUCCAAAGAUAUCAAAUGCAUAUGCGAGAGGAUCUGGUACUUCUACUUCAAAUGCGUGUACGUUGUCAGCCAUCAGCACAAUAAUGAUAUCCCUCACAGCUAGAUCAAGUUUAUGACAAAAAUUACAUAAAGGACUUCCUGUUUAUAAUAUAAGCAACAUUUAGCUAGUUGUUUUGAAGACACCCAGUACUAAGUAAUAUUGUUGUUCAAGUACAUCUUACUACUGGAAAAAAAAUGUUUUAUGCUUCUUUAGGAAUGGCAUUAUACAGUACUUCCUCAAAGCAAAUAUAGCUUUGUUUGAAGUUUCCUUGGAAACUCUGCAAUGCACUGAAAACAUCUGUAAUAUGAUGUUACCAAAGCAGUUUACAUAUGUCCUUAUAUGCAUAUUUUUUAUUAUAUAUUUAGUGUUUUAUAGAAUUUUUUAAAGUUAACAUAUGAUGUAGAUAUUAAUUUUUCCUCUGCUAUAAAAUGCUACAGAUAACACUAUCAUAAAAAAUAUUGUUUGGAAUUUUUUCCUUUAAAACUGAGAGUUCAAAGUUGUUCUCAGUAAAUUGGUUACAAAUUGAUUGUACAGUUUUGCAAGGGUACACAUUGGGAGAACUGUUUAGGACUUGGUUUGUAACUCAAGGCAGCUGUAUUUAAAUGACAGUUAUGAUGGUUCCUAAGUAAAAUCAAGUGCUUAAGAUAUUUUUUCAUUUUGGAUCAGAUGAGUGUACAAGAUAAACCUGAGAUAACCUUCAAGAACAGCUACAGUCUUCAAAAAUAAGUAUGCAGAUUUUUGUUCCUAGCCAAUACUUUAACAUCAUAUAUUAAGCUUUCAUUUUAUUGUAUUUAAGUAGCUUUGUCUUGAUCAUAAUUAACAUUAAAUUGAACAUUAAAGUUGAUAUUACAUAGUUGUAAUCUCUUCCUAUAGUAACGUAGACCAAAAGUUACUGCAGCAAAAGAAGGACCAGAUUCUGAGCUUAGUUACCUUGGUGUAAUCCAAAGUAAUGCCAGUUUAAAUCAAUUAUUUUACUCUGGAUUUACAUCAAGGAAAUUAUAAUCACAAUAUGCAUGUCUUUAAGAUUUAAAACUAAUUCUGGGUUCCACUGUCUGAAUAUGUAUUUCUUUUCAGUGUACAUUUUAAAUGUAAUUCAUAAAUCUUCAUAAUUUAAUCACAAAAUUAUGUUUUCUUAUAUAAUCUCUUUUGAGUGUCGGUCAUAAACUGAAUCUGACAGAUGUAUCAUGUUUCUAGUGAAUAACUCUCUGAAGUACAUUUUUCAUAUUAAUUUGCAAAGUAUCUUUGUGUGUAUGGUCCCUCAAUAGUUCUGUGCUAGGAAGUCUUUGUUUCUUUACAAACUCUUCAUACAAAUAUGAAGUUUUAAUAGACUCAUAUUGGAAAAUGACAAUAUCAACAGAAAAAUAACUCUUCUUGAGAAAAGGACUGUUUGUUACUAUGGGAUCAUUUUGUAAGUCCACUCAGAUGGAUCAAUGCUGGUAAAAAGGCAAUGGAAUUUUCUAUAAAAAUUUUCAAGUUUAAAUGCGCUGCAGUGCUUUAUUUUUUUUCCUGAUAGCUUAAAUUUGCCUGUAACUUGUCUUUUUUGCUUACAAAAUACUACAAGUUAACUUUUAAACCUUCUCAAUAUAUUUAUUCAGUAACUCAUAAUUGGGAUUCCACUUGUGUAAAAGUCAGGGGUGUUAACCAGAGAAAUAUUGUCAAUAUUUCAAGCUGUGUUCCUUUCUUAGUUUGAUAUGGUUACUUCUAUGUAAACACAAAAACAAAAAAACCCACAAAAACAAGAAAAUGAAACAAAAAAAAAGCCUAUGUAGUUUUCGCCCCGGUGUAAAUGAUAUUUAUCGGUGAUCUAGCAGAUGUAAUCUUUUUUUAAAGGUAUUGGUAAUAAAUAUUCUGUCAUUUGUAAAGA